GACGGCCAGGCUGGGGUCCGAGGGCCCCUGAGCCGCGCGAGCGCCGCGCUCCGAGCAGCGAGCUGCCGGGCCGCCAUGGCCGGGGUCAGCUACUCGGCGCCUUGGUGGGUGAACCUCCUGCACCGGCUGCCCCACUUGGACCUGCAGUGGGAGGCCACCAGCAGCCGGUUCCGACCCGAGGACACUGACUACCAGCAGGCGCUGCUGCUGCUGGGGGCGGCCGCGCUGGCCUGCCUCGCCCUGGACCUCCUCUUCCUGCUCGGCUACUCCUUCUGGCUGUGCUGCCGGCGGCGCAAGAGCGACGAGCACCUGGACGCCGACUGCUGCUGCACCGCGUGGUGCGUCAUCAUCGCCACGCUGGUGUGCAGCGCCGGCAUUGCCGUGGGGUUCUAUGGCAACGGGGAGACCAGCGACGGCAUCCACCGGGUCACCUACUCUCUGCGCCACGCCAACCGCACAGUAGCCGGGGUCCAGGACCGCGUGUGGGACACUGCUGCGGCCCUGAACCGGACAGCAGAGCCCAACCUGCAGAGCCUGGAGCGGCAGCUGGCCGGGCGGCAGGAGCCCCUGCGGGCAGUGCAGCGGCUGCAGGGCCUGCUCAGGACACUGCUGGGUUACAUGGCCACCAUCCCCUUCUGGAGGAACCCAGCCGUGUCUCUGGAGGGGCUGGCCGAGCUCGUGGACCUCUACGACUGGUACAGGUGGCUGGGCUACCUAGGCCUGCUCCUGCUUGACGUCAUCAUCUGUCUCCUGGUGCUGGUCGGGCUCAUCCGAAGCUCUAAGGGCACGCUGGUCGGGGUCUGCCUGCUGGGGGUGCUGGCCCUUGUCAUCAGCUGGGCUGCCCUGGGCUUGGAGCUGGCCGUGUCUGUGGGCUCCAGUGACUUCUGCGUGGACCCUGACACCUUUGUGACCAAGAUGGUGGAGGAGCACUCAGUGCUCAGUGGGGACAUCCUGCAGUAUUACCUGGCCUGCUCCCCCCGUGCCGCCAACCCUUUCCAGCAGAAGCUGUCCGGCAGCCACAAGGCGCUGGUGGAGAUGCAAGACAUGGUGGCCGAGCUUCUGAAAACGGUCCCACGGGAGUCCCCUGCCACCAAGGGCCCCCUGCUCCGUGUCCAGGAGGUGCUGAAUGGCACGGAGGUGAACCUGCAGCACCUCACAGCCCUGGUGGACUGCCGCAGUCUGCACCUGGACUACGUGCAGGCCCUGACCGGCUUCUGCUACGACGGCGUCGAGGGUCUUAUCUACCUGGUCCUUUUCUCCUUCGUCACGGCCCUCAUGCUCAGCUCCAUCGUCUGCAGCGUCCCGCACACCUGGCAGCCCAAGAGAGGGCCAGACGAGGACGGUGAGGAGGAGGCGGCUCCGGGGCCGCGGCAGGCGCCCGACAGCCUAUACCGCGUUCACAUGCCCAGCUUGUACAGCUGUGGUAGCAGCUAUGGCAGCGAGACCAGCAUCCCAGCCACGGCCCACACCGUCAGCAACGCGCCGGUCACCGAGUACAUGAGCCAGAACGUCAACUUCCAGAACCCCCGCUGUGAGAACACCCCACUCAUUGGACGCGAGUCCCCACCGCCCUCAUACACCUCCAGCAUGAGGGCUAAAUACCUCGCCACCAGCCAGCCACGCCCCGACUCCAGCGGCAGCGGGCACUAGACUGUGCCACCAGCACCGCCCCCACGUGCCAACCCUCACCCGAGGGCCGCCGC